CAUCAAUUUGCCACUGGACAGUUCCUCUAGGCAAGCUGACCGGUGUGGACUGUUAAUAUACCUGAGUGAGAGACAGUUGAAGAAUUGGACCUGCGAGGGGAACCGCUGUUUUGUGCAUAUGUUCUAUUUUAAUCGCGAAAAAGCAAAUACACGAUAAUAUACUACGGCUCAUAUGUUUGUCAAUGAGUAAAAACAGUCUUGAAUGCAGGGCAUGUAUCUAAGCAAUAGUCGAUCAAUCACACUGUAGGCUACUUUUCCACGUUGCGCGCCUGCUGCUGUGGUGCGGCUGCUUUCGCCGCUCUGCCCGGUCUAUCCACGGUCUCUAGGCUUCGAAGCCACGGUGAAUUGCACUGCCAACUGAGCCGCAGCCAUGGGUGGGAAUUUGGGGUGCCACCGCUCGAUCCCCAAAGACCCGACGGAUUUCAGCAACAGCAAGCGCAAAUUUAGCGCAGCGUGCAACUUCAGCCACAUCCUCGUGAACCAGGAGAGGUUGAAUAUCAACACGGCCACCGAGGAGGAGCUGAUGACUCUACCGGGAGUGAACCGUAUGGUAGCGCAGAAUAUCGUGCAGUAUCGGGACUGCAUUGCGGGGUUUAAAAAGGUAGAAGAUUUGGCUCUCGUGAGUGGAAUUGGUGCCGGAAAACUGGAGAUCAUCAGACUGGAAAUAUGCGUUUCGAGCAGGACGAGUUCGUCCCAACACUCGCCGUCGUCGCUGCGUAAAGACUUCGAGCCCCACCUGUCAUGCACAGGUAUGAACAUUAAUACCGCCACACCGGCGCAGCUCAUGAGCAUCCGUGGCAUCACGGGUAAAAUAGCGAAUAACGUAGUAGAAUACAGGUUAGAAAACGGUCCGUUUAAAAGCAUCGAAGACUUGGUGAGGGUCAAUCACAUAAACUCGUCUCUAUUGGACAAAAUCCGCUUUCAAGUGUAUGUGGAGCGUUCCAGAACACCUUCCACCAAUACCAACGGGGGGUUGACAUACACCACCAAGUCUCAUCCGAGCCCCACAUCGUUCAGCCUCCUGAGUGAGGACCUGGAUCUCCCAGCCGGGGGGCCGACACGGAUCAUGUCGGUGCGGCCCGACGUGGAGCCUCCUUCGGGGAUGCGGGAGGGGAAGGCGGUGGUCAGGGUGGCUACCUGGAACCUCCAGAACUGCUCCUGUGAAAAAGCCAACAACCCGGGCAUCAAAGAGGUCGUGUGUAUGACGCUGCUUGAAAAUGACAUCAAGUUACUGGCCGUCCAAGACCUGGUAGAUCGGGAGGCCCUUGACAAGUUCUGUGUGGAACUGAACCAGGGCUCGUUGGACAGCGUGCGGAAGUGGAGAGGACCACGGGGAGUCUGGAAGAGUAUCGUCUCUGAGAAACCCACAGGACUGUUCAACAAGGGAGUCAGUUAUUCUGGGUUCCUGUGGGAUAGCUCUUCUGGGAUUGACCUGAAAGAUGCUUCAGUCCUGGAGAGUCCUGUCGUCAAUGGCAACGCGAUGCACCCCCACCCCCGGCCAUAUCUCGCCCACUUUUAUGUUGGAUCGUUGGAGAUGACAAUGGUCAAUGUCCACAUGAGUGCUGGGGCUUGGGAGUCCAACUGUAGGAACCACACCUCUGAGGAAGUCAAGGCCCACAGACUGACCUCCAGGAUCCAGGACACACUGAAAGCUCAGAAGGGCCUGGUGGUGUUGGGAGACUUUGGCCUGCCCCCCCAGAGCAGUGAGCUGGACCAGCUGAGGAAGGAGAGGCUGAGCCCACUGGUGCCCCCCAACAUGUUCACCAACAUCAGCACCCGCUCCCCCAAGGGCUCCCUCUGUCUGGACAACAUCUGGGUCAGCAAGUCACUGAAGAAGAUCUACGCAGGACACUGCCUGGUGGUGCGAGAGGGCCUGACCAACCCCUGGAUACCUGACAACUGGUCGUGGGGCGGGGUGGUGUCCGACCAUUGUCCUGUCAUGGCCGAGUUCUAUGUGGACGUGGCACAGAAGGAGCUGAGAAACAGAGUUUCCGUGGUAGAGAGAGGAGAAAGUAUGUCGAAACACGAGCGGUGACUGUGGCUCGCGGUCGCCACAGAGAUACAGAAGGAAGAUUGUGGCACGGUGGAUGUGAUAUCAGACUGACUUGACUUUGCCCUGGACUGGAUCCUGCUUUGGCCUGGGUUUUGCAGUGGAUCGAAGGGUGGAUUUACCUGACGAAUGUGAAUUGAAGCACCGAGAUUGCCUUUUCAGUUUCCUUUAUCAAUGUACAGUAGAGACUUAUCAUGACAUUGUUUUGCAAUAAAUAAUUAAACUGAUAGUGUGUUAGACAUCAGUGUGCCAAAACAUUUUUAAAAUGUAUAUGAAAUAAAAGGAAAUGGACAUUCCCUGUGCUCAUCUUUGAUAUGAUUGUUGCACAUUUAUUUUAAAAAGUAUAUUAUUUCCAGAACUAUUCAGACCCUAUGAGACUCAAUUGAGCUCAGGUGCAUCCUGUUUCAAUUGAUCAUCCUAGAGAUGUUUCUAUAACUUGAAUGGAGUCCACCUGUGGACAUCUCAAUUGAACAUGAUUUGGAAAGGCACAGACCUGUCUAUAUAAGGUCCCACAGAUGACAAUGCAUGUCAGAGCAAAAACCAAGCCAUGAGGUUGAAGGUAUUGUCCGUAGAGUUCCGAGACAUGAUUGUGUCGAGGCAGAGAUCUGGGGAAGGGUACCAAAACAUUUCUGCAGCAUUGAAGGUCCCCAAGAACACAGUGGCCUCCAUCAUUCUUAAAUGGAAGAAGUUCUGAUUCACUAAGACUCUUCCUUGAACUGGCCGAUUGGCCAAACUGAGCAAUCGGGGGAGAAGGGUCUUGGUCAGGGAGGUGACCAAUAACCCGAUGCUUACUCUGACAGAGCUCCAGAGUGCCUCCGUGGAGAUAGGAGAACCAAUCAGGCCUUUAUGGUAGACGGAAGCUACUACUCUGUAAAAGGCACAUGACAGCCCACUUGGAGUUUGCCAAAAGGCACCUAAAAGACUCGGACCAUGAGAAACAAGAAUCUUUGGUCUGAUGAAACCUAGAUUGAACUCCUUGACCUGAAUGCUAAGCGUCACAUCUGGAGGAAACCUGGCACCAUCCCUACAGUUGUAUGCUGUGGGGAGGUUUUUCAGCAGUAGGAGCUGGGAGACUAGUCAGGAUCUAGGGAAAGAUGAACGGAGCAAAGUACAGAGAGAUCCUUGAUGGAAAACCUGCUCAGGACCUCAGACUGACAACGACCCUAAGCACACAGCCAAGACCAUGCAGGAGUGACUUCGGGACAAGUCUCUGAAUGUCUUUCAGUGGCCCAGCCAGAGCCUGGACUUGAACCCAAUCAAACCUGAAAAUAGCUGUGCAGUGACGCUCCCCAUCCAACCUGACAGAGCUUGAGAUGAUCUGCAGAGAAGAAUGGGAGAAACUCCCCAAAUAAAGGUGUGCCAAGCUUGUAGCGUCAAUCCCAAGAAGACUCCAGGCUGUAAUCGCUGCCAAAGAUGCUUCAACAAAGUACUGAGUAAUUUGUUAUAUACAGUGCCUUGCGAAAGUAUUCGGCCCCCUCGAACUUUGCGACCUUUUGCCACAUUUCAGGCUUCAAACAUAAAGAUAUAAAACUGUAUUUUUUUGUGAAGAAUCAACAACAAGUGGGACACAAUCAUGAAGUGGAACGACAUUUAUUGGAUAUUUCAAACUUUUUAACAAAUCAAAAACUGAAAAAUUGGGCGUGCAAAAUUAUUCAGCCCCCAUAAGUUAAUACUUUGUAGCGCCACCUUUUGCUGCGAUUACAGCUGUAAGUUGCUUGGGGUAUGUCUCUAUCAGUUUUGCACAUCGAGAGACUGAAUUUUUUUCCCAUUCCUCCUUGCAAAACAGCUCGAGCUCAGUGA